GGCUCGGGGGGCGAUGCCGGCGCUGCUGGAGCGGCCGAAGCUGAGCUCGGCCAUGGCCCGCGCCUUGCACCGCCACGUCAUGGUCGAGCGCGAGCGGAAGCGGCAGGAGGAAGAAGAGGUGGACAAAAUGAUGGAGCAGAAGAUGAAGGAGGAGCAAGAGAGGCGGCGGAAGAAGGAGAUGGAGGAGCGCAUGUCCCUGGAGGAGACCAAAGAGCAGAUCCUGAAGCUGCAGGAGAAGCUUCUGGCCCUCCAGGAGGAGAAGCACCAGCUCUUCCUCCAGCUGAAAAAGGUGCUUCACGAGGAAGAGAAGCGCCGCCGUAAAGAGCAGAGCGACAUGACGACCCUGACUGCAGCAGCCUACCAGCAGGGCAUGGCUGUCCACGCGGGGACCCACAUCCUCAACAUGCAAGGGAGCCCAGGGGGGCAUAACCGGGCUGGUACCCUGAUAUCAGCUGACAGAGCCAAGCAGAUGUUUGGACCCCCUGUGAUCACAACGCGGCACUUCGCCCCCCAGCCAGCGUUCCCUACUGGCACUCCUGAGCACGGGCAGUACCAGAGCAGCCAGUCCGGUCACAGCCCCUACGCGGUGGGUCAGAGUCAACACACCGUACCAGUCAGCUAUGCCAGCAGCCAGUCUAUCAGAGGUCCUUCUGCAUUCCCGACCAUGCAGUACUUGUCUCAACAGCAGCCCAGCUAUACCAUCCAUAGCCACUACCCCACCGCCCAGCCAGGUUUCAUCCCUUCGAGUACCACCAUCCCUCUCCAAAAGCAGCUGGAACAUGCCAACCAGCAGUCCGGUUUCACGGAUUCAUCAACCCUCCGCCCGAUGCAUCCACAGGCCCUACACCCCAAUCAGGGGCUCCUGCCAGCCCCACAGAUCCCUGUCCAAAUGCAGACAGCUGCAAAGCCCACUCUGGCUUACACCCACCCAGCCCGCCCAGCUUCCCCCGGCAGCUUCUCCCAUGGAACCGCCCCCCAACAGCCGCACACGUCCGGGUUCCAGGCCUCCCCGCAGCCGGCCCCCCGCCACCCCUUCAUCCAGCACCCUCAAGGCCAGCGUUUCUACCACAAGUGAGCCCACCAGCAGCGUUGCUUCGGAUGCUUCCGGCUUCCCCAACUCCC